CAGAUGCUCUCCACCUGAUGUGACAUUUUCAUCGUACUCGUCAACAUAUUUGGAAGCAAUGAGAGGCAUAGUGGGACUAUUGCACUACGUGGGACUUUACCUUCAACUUAAUGCAGCUCUCACUAUAGAACAUGGUGAGCUGGAUAAUUAUUUACAUGGAAAUGCUCUCUUCACAGAGGUGCCCCACGACGUCACGACAAAGAGCGGCAAGGAUGUAGAGAUGGCGUGCUCCUUCCGCGGCGCAGGUUCUCCUUCUUCGCUGGAGAUUCAAUGGUGGUACAACAAGGAACACAGAGACUGGCCCAAGAAGCCUGCACAUAUCACAAAUGAUGUUGUUCCUCAGCAAGAGCCCUUGAAAGACGCCACUAAAAUUAGUGUCGUGAAAGUAGCAGGCAGCAACAUUUCACACAAACUUCGGCUGUCCAGUGUCAAGCCGUCAGACGAGGGCACCUACGAGUGUCGUGUCAUCGACUUCAGCGGCUCUGUGGUGCAGCGCCAUCACGUUUGGGCCUACCUCCAUGUGGAGUCUAAUCAAAGCACAGAUGUCCACGGGUCAGGGCGUCAGUCAGACCAGAUCAACAACCAGCACAGGAGUGAGAACGAUGAAAAGAGGAUGAGGUCGCAUCCCUCCUGAGUGACUGCACUAUAAGCCUACUGUCGAGAAAGAAGCCAGCUUGUUAGUGUGCAUGUACAUGACUGAGCAGGACAAGGAGAUCAUCAUCAUCCUCCCUGCAAGUGGAGGCAGUCUUCACAACUGGUUUACACUAUUAUUUAUUUGUAUACUAGGUAACAGUGCUGUAAAAUUCCAGGAAAAAUACAUUAUAAUAACUCUUGUUCUAUACUUUUGCUUGUUUUAAAUGUUAACUGAUGGAUGUGGAUUUUAUGAGUAAAACCUGUACAGGUGAUCAUGACUAGCAAUGAAACAGGAUAUCUGAAGAUUGUUUUGAAUGUGUUGCUAAUUCUAUAUGUAUAGUACAUAAAUGUAAAUUCCAUCCUGAAUUGAAAUGAAUUAUUCAUCGGUUUUCGUUAGCAGGAUCGCAGGUGAACUGAACUGAACUGAAGUGUACUUGGGAUCUAAAGCGCUUUACACUCUUAUUUGGUCAGACAGUCAGAGGGCACAGUGUUGUUUUCGUUAAUGAUGACUAUAACGAAACUAUUUCGUCGAUCCACAAUUUUUUUCAUGAUGACGAGACUGUAAAAAGCUAAAAAGGCGUCUAACAAGACGAAUGCCAGUUUUCGUCUGACAAGACAAGAUGAAAAAUGCGCCAUAGUUUCUGUCACAUGUUCACAAUGUGUGACAUUUUAUGUGUAGUUAGCCUGCAUCGUAGCAGUGUCUGUAUUACUGAUGUAAUGUGCUGCACCCCACCCCCCAGCUCUGUCCUCGCCAGUCUCCAGACUUGCUUGUUUUGAAAAACACACGAUAAGAUUUGUUUUCUUUUCUUGGCAAGAGAGAACAUGCAUUGUUGCUUUAGCCUGUAAAGGUCUGUGCUGAGUGAUCAUGACACACUAGAUGUAACUCCUAGCAUUAGAAUAUCAUUCAUCUACGCUUUAGCAUUAAGCUAAUGACAACGGUGAAAGUCCUCUUAAACCCUCGGACAACUUUUUUUUACAUACAGUUCAUGGCGUCCAGGUGGGUGUGUGAUUAAUUGUAAAUAAUGUACUGUUUUCCUGCUGAGUGUGUAUUAUUACCAAGUUGGCAGUGUUCUUGUAGACACUACAAUAUUUGCUUGUCUGUCAAUAGUUAGAAACAUUUAUUUAUUUUUAAAGUAAAACUUGUGAAUUUUACAGAUGAAAACAAAUUUGAGUAAAAAUCUACUAAAACUAGAUGAAAACAAACACAUUUUGAAAUGACUAAAAUAUGACUAAGACUAAUAAGUACUAUCACCCAAAAGACUAAGACGACAAUUAAAAGGACUGCCAAAAACAGCACUGAUAGGCAGGGGCGCUGGAAGUCACUCACAGCAGAGGGGGGCUAAGGAUCUUUUUCACUUUUUCCCAUCCAAAAACAGCCCUUUCGGUCUAAAUUUGUCAUGCUCUCGCGUUUUCUACAUACAAGGCGUGCAUAAUGGCAAUACGCACGCACGCUGGAUCGUUUACGUACUUUUACUAUGCUACCACAAAGACAGCGUUCCAUUUCACUUACUGUGUGUAUUGGAGUUUUUGUAUUGGAAGAAAACACACUCGUGUAAUAUAAUGCAAAUCCCCGCAGCUAGACGGUGCAAUGACACACGAACACAUUUGAAAGCUAAAACCGAAGUUUGUGGGCUCUUUAACACCUCAUUUUCACAACACUAAAAUAAAUUCCACACGAAAAUCCACAAAUAACUGCGCUCUGCGCAGCAGCAGCUCAACAGCAACAAUAACAAUAAUAUGGCUACAGUGCAAGCAUGUCUUACCUAAAUGAAGACACCAAAGGACAAUGAUCUUGAGUUUCGACCUCGAAUUAAAAUUUCAAAAAAUUUCGCUGUUUUUGUGCCAUGUUAUCGCCUCCUCUGUCAUCACUUUUCCAUUCCAAUAGCGCCUUAUGCAACGUGACCCGGUAGCAACAACAACAAAAAAAAACUACCAAAUCACUCCCCUCCCAACACCAGGGGAUGCUGCUGUACCCUCACCCAACUUCCCGCGCCACCGCUGAGAGUGCACUGCAUACACAACCCCUAGCAAAAAGUAUGGAAUCAACAGUUUCGGACAAGCACUCACUAAGACAUUUUAUCAUGUAGAACAAACUCAGAUGAAAAGCUUGAAAAAAAUACUGAAUUACCGUAAUUUUCGGACUAUAAGCCGCUACUUUUUUCCCCUCAUUUUGAAUCCUGCGCCUUAUAGUCCAGUGCGGCUUGUUUGCUGAUUUAUUUGGGUUAAUUGGUAACACUUUAAUGGCAUCAUAAAACUGCCAUAAAACCGUCAUAAUUAUGACAUGACAUUAUCAUGGGCAUUAAUGAAUGCUUAUGACAGAUGUCAUUAAGUGUCACUAAUUCAAUUUAUGUCCAGCUCGGACCUUUUACAUCCAUUCAAAAAUGAGAUAAUUUGCCGGAUGAAACAAAAUGAUGUCUGCCUUAAGCAUUCAUUAAUGCUCAUGGCAGUGUUAUGUCAUAAUUAUGAUGGUCUUAUGAAAGUCUUAUUGCACCACUGUCAAAUAAAGUGGUAGCAAAUUCCAUAACUAGCAAUUAAUGAAACAACUAGAACAGUAACUGAAGAAAGUUAACUUAGAACAUGCAUUUUGACUGUUGUUUAAACAUCUGUAGCACUGCAAUGCAAGCUAGGAGGCAUGUUGGACGACAACAGUGUUGACAGCAGUUGGCAGCAGAGGUUGAGCGUCUACCCCAAGAAAACAGUGAUGGCCAAAUGAAGCUUCUUGAAGCAAUGAAGCUCUGCAGCCAAUUGGUUCAAAGCUUCAUGAUGGUUAAUUUGGUCUUACAACAGCCUUAUGAUACAUUUUGUGGUGUAAAUAUCCCAUAAUACAGUGAGGACAGCUGCGGCUUAUUGUCCAGUGGGGCUUAUCUAUGAACAAAUGCUAGUUUUGGGUCAAAUUUGGUGGAUGGCAGCUUAUAGUCAGGUGCGCCUUAUAGUGCAAAAAUU